AUGCCUAGCAAUAAGAUGUGGUGGUCCUACGUAGUCGACGCCUUAACCACUUCUGCUGAGAAGAAUCCGGUGGCCAUCCUCGUUUUUGUCCUCGGGAUUUGUAUCGGCAUCUGGAAAUACAUACAAGUCGUGCCCAAUCAUCCAAAUCUCAAGUCACGAAAUGUAAGCCAAGAGGAAUAUCCGCCCAUAGAAGCCCUCCAAGACUUCGACUGGGAAACCACUGAGCCACCGAAAUUCCGCCCUUUCAAGCCAAAAUAUCACUUGACGAUGGCAUUAUCAAAUCUAGACCCUUCAGACCUCAUCCAAAUGGACAAAACCUACAAAGAUAGACUAGCUAUCCGUUCCUCCCUGCUUCAAAAACAUCCCGACGUAGUCAUUGGAAUCAACAACAAGACAGACCCGAGAAUCUACGCCGCAAUCCGAGAACUAUACCUCUUCGUGGUAGGAACAUACCUACCUACACGGUACCCUCGCAUGUUUCGCCUAACUUCCCAACCAAGCGGAACAACAAUACUCGAGAGCUUGGUUACGGGAGCAAAAAUCCCCUUAGAUCUCGACGAAUCCGACGCGGCUUCCAGAACGGGACGAAAAGAACUCGAGAUCCUGGGGACCCUAGUCGAUGAAGAGUUCCUCAUCCUCCUCCCCGAACCUUCUUCUUCUCCUAACAUUACUACCGCUACCAACUCCGAAGAACCGGCCAAGUACGUCCUCGAGGCGUACACAACCUUCUUUCCGUCCGGCUUCGACACGCGCAAGAAACUCGGUCUCCGGCUUGCGUCUAUCCAUACCCCGGUCCCGGGGUACAAGGAGAAACUUGAGCGCAGUAUGGACCGGUUCUUUGCGCGGGUCGAGGUAGGCCAGUUCGUGCAGAGGGUGAAUUGGAGCGUUACCACUGACUCGGAACUGUUUGCUGCGUUUGGGGGCGUGCAUGGUGCCGAAGGUGAAGGGGAGAAGGCGCUGAGGCUUGGGGAGUUGGAUGUGGAUUCUACUCUUUUGAGAUGUGAACGGCAGACAUUACAUCGGCUUCCUCAAAGUAGGGGGGUAGUGUUUGCGUUUCACACGUAUACGUAUCCGAUUCGGAUGAUCAAGGAUGAAGGGCUAGGGGAGGAUCUAACGGCUGCUAUUGAUGGGUUGAAAGAGGGGAAUGUGCCCGGGAUGCAUUGGUAUAAACGGGGCCCGGUCUGGGGUGAAGCUGUGAAGGAGUUUCUGCGGUCUUAA